CGCGGUUGCUCCCGGGGGUGGGCGGGUCGGAGCGGCCACCUCAGCACCGGGCUGGUGCGGCUGCGACCCCCGCCCCGCCCCCACCAGGCUCCCAGGCCGGUGCUGGGCCUGCGCAUGCCUGCUGCCCUGAUGCUGAGCUCCCCCACUCCACUCCAGUCUGCAGAAAUUAAACCCAAACCGGGGCUCGGCUGCCGCGGCCGAGCCUAUUCCGGAAUAGAACAAAGGUCUUAGGCCCCUAAACUCAAGGCCUAGGCUCUGUGCCUCACCUGAACUCCCCGGACUGGAAUGGGGGAGGGGCAGGGGGCGGGGAGGAGACCCCGGGGGCCUCCAGUGUCGCAGCCGGAAUGAAGCACAUCAACUUAUCAUUUGCAGCAUGCGGCUUUCUGGGCAUUUACCACUUGGGGGCAGCAUCUGCACUUUGUAGACACGGCAAAAAGCUCCUCAAAGAAGUCAAGGCCUUUGCAGGGGCUUCUGCGGGAUCCUUGGUUGCUACCGUCCUGCUAACAGCACCAGAAAAAAUAGAGGAAUGUAAUGAAUUUACCUACAAGUUUGCCGAAGAAAUCCGAAGGCAGUCUUUUGGGGCAGUAACACCUGGCUAUGAUUUCAUGGCCCGAUUGAGAAACGGAAUGGAGUUGAUUCUCCCUUCCAACGCUCACGAGCUGGCCCACAACCGACUGCACGUAUCUAUCACCAACACCAAAACCAGAGAAAAUUACCUGGUCUCCAAUUUUCCCUCCAGGGAGGACCUCAUUAAGGUUCUGUUGGCCAGCAGCUUCCUGCCCGUGUACGCAGGACUGAAACCAGUGCAAUACAAAGGGCAGAAGUGGGUAGAUGGAGGCCUCACGAACAGCCUUCCCAUCCUGCCUGUAGGCCGGACGGUGACCAUCUCACCCUUCAGUGGACGACUGGACAUCUCCCCGCAGGACAAAGGGCAGCUGGAUCUCCACGUUAAUAUCGCCAAUCAGGACAUAAUGUUGUCCGUGGCAAACCUGGUGAGGCUUCACCAAGCCCUUUUCCCACCACGCAAGACGGAAAUGGAAUCACUGUAUCGACAUGGCUUUGAUGACACCGUCAAGUUUUUACUCAAAGAAAAUUGGUUUGAAUAGAACGCUUACAAGCUUAUAACGCAAAACAGACUUCGUACUUGUUUUUUCAUUUUUGUCCAUAUAGUUGCUGAUGGAGGUUUCUAAUGAAAUCAUUUUUUAAAAAAAUCUAUCAGGAUCCUCUAUUACGAGUUUUUGUAAUAUUUGUGAUUAUUAUUACUGUGCAAGGGCACGAGAGGUAUUUUAUGAGGCAACGUCACUGAGAAGGAUGCACACAGGUCAUGAGGAGUCCUUUUCAGAGAGCAGUCAUGUCCUUUGGAGACUUUAGAAGGGUAAGCAAUUUGGGUAAACUACAGAAAGUUGAAAAUGGAGGCCCGCCACACAUGCUUUCUUCCUACACGGAAUGUGACUGCAUGCUUUUCAUGUGAAACAUGCGUGUCUGCCUGGCUUACCAGACACCCCCGGGGUGGAGGGACAGUUUGGCUUCUCAUAGGCGGAUGUGAUUGUGCCUGGUGAGGAGACAGAGUGGCUGGGACACGAUAGCGCAGAAACCCGGCAGGUUCGGACACUCACUGGGUUUUCCUUAUUCUUCAGUAGAGGUUUAUUCCCUCCCUCCCCACCUUCCUCCUCUUAAACCCCAGCCCCAUCACCCCCGCUAACGUGAUUAUCAGGCUGUUGUGAUGCUUCCCUGUUGUAAACCCUAAGCUCUCAUUAAGACUUCUGUCUCUUUCUCCAUAUCUCUAUCUCUUUCACCCUAUGUCUUGGUCUCUCUCUCUCUGUCCUCUGAGGCCGCACGUCAGCAGACGUUUAGCCAUUAGUGUAGGUACUGGAAACAUCUACUCUAGGAACCUAGAAAACAUACCGCUGCAUGUGAAGAACCAAGUCAACCAAGCAGCCCCGUAAAUAAGACUUCAAAGUAAUCAUUCAUCUGUUAUUUUAAGUCACGUUAUACUGAUUUAGUUCUUCCAUUUCUGAGUAGCAGUCCUAUCACUUUGAGGAUUUGCAUGUGGGUUUAUACUAAUUCGUGGACACUGUUUCAAGUCUUAAAUCUGUUUUUAUGGGGCUUUGCCAAGCCUAAACUCUUAAUUACUAAGAGGCAGUUAGAAACAAACCAGUUUCAUUGCUUGUCUUUAAUUGUUAUGCAUUUCUCUUUUAACAUUUGAAACCAUUCUUUAAAUCAGUUUUAUGGCUCUUAAAAGCUCCAAAUACACAAUUUUUAGCACAUAACCACCACCGAUUGCCUCUUUUCUUAUGAGUUAUACACAGACUCAUGAUAGGGCAGUGAUACUCCUUGGGGUAUAUAUUUCUUGUUAGGUAGUUCAAUCUUAAUACAUUCUUUUAUAUAUGACAUGAACAUUUUCCAUUAGUUUCCCAUCUGUCUGUUCACUAGAUUUCCCCCCUUUUAUCGUUUCAUGUGACUAUCCUACUUGUAUGAUAUUUCAAUACAUUUUUUAUGGAUGCCUGCCCUGAGCAAAAACAAAUGUUGGUAUGUUAGACAUGUAAGGUGCCGUACCAAGUACUUACGUCUUUGACAACGUUGGUGGACAAAACUUGCCUUGAAAACCACAGUAAGCUCAUGGACAGGUGAGCGUGCCGUGCAGCCAUGUUCUCCCAUGAGGGAAAAGGGGCAGUACACUGCAGGGUCUAGUUUCCACAAGCCAGAGGUGCUGGUCCGAGUUCUCGAGCGGGGCGGGUCACAAUGCAUGCUCUGUGGUGCUCAGAAUGUGUCCUCAUGCAUCUAUACUGAUGGAAACCAGGCACUCCCAGCAGACCCAGAUCCUGAUAGGUUUGCGGGGUAAUUACUGUGAUUGUCAGCCUGAUAAGUUCCCUGUCCCCUAUUGGGGCAGUUUCCUAAUGCCUUUGAAUCUGUCAUUUAAAAUUUCAUUAGUCUUUCUAUUCUUCUUUUCAGUAACACUCUUUACUUUGUAACUAUGGUAACCCCCUGUUUCCAUUGACAAUUAGAGAAACUAGAUUUGGUUUUGAAGUUAAAUAGCGCUGUAAAGGAGCAAGGAGUAUAUUAAAAGAAAACAAACCCCCUGUUACAUUCUGGUUUCCCAAUAUUGGAUGUAUUGUGUGUAUAGCAGAAGCUUGCAAAGAAACAGCCAUAUGGCUCUGGGCAUUGAACUAGGAGUCUAAACAGA